GAGGCUUUUCUACAGUACUCACCACAGAGACCUGACACAGUCUCCACUACAGCUUCUCUUUGGACUUCUCGGGAUUACUUGAAAAUGUUUACGGGUCCUUCCACACACAAGAACCGAGAGAACUAAGGUACCCAAUCAUGAGAAACCACGGGAUUGAAGACAACAGAAGAGCCUAACUUUUUUCAAACUUUUUUAUUACAGUUCAUGCUGUAAUAUUACGUGGAAUUACAAAGUGUGUCGUCUUGUGGGACGGUUUUGUUGUUGGUUUUUUGUUUUUUUUUUACAAAACCGCUGAGGAAAAAAAACACAAGGGUAUUUUAAUACACGGUUAGUCUCCGGUCACUUUCUUACGAGUUACAACUUUAUUUGGGGAUGUUGAGCUCCGUGAAGAUGGAAUCGCAUGAAAUUCCGGAAUGGAAUGCUUUCUACAGUGAGGCAAGCGAGAUGUAUUCCUCUCCGAGCGCCAUGAACUCAGUGAGCAGCUUGAACAGCUACAUAAAUCUGAACUCGGCCUGUUCCACAUCCAGCAUGAAUAUGGGCUAUCCCAGCACAGGUCUCAACAGCAGCCCAUUGAGCAGCAUGGGUGGAGGCCCCAACCACAUGAGCCUGUCCCCCUCCUCUCUGAACCCCAGUUCUCUGACCCAGCUGGGCUCCUCAGCCUCCUCGCUGGGUCCCCUCUCGCAUUACCAAAGCAUGGGUCAGCCCAUGUCCCAGAUCAGCUACCCCUCUCCUACCUCUCUUAACCGGACUAAGGAGAUGCCAAAGCCCUACCGUCGCUCUCUGACCCACGCCAAGCCACCGUACUCUUACAUAUCCCUCAUCACGAUGGCGAUCCAGCAGUCCAACAGCAAGAUGCUAACCCUCAACGAAAUCUACCAGUGGAUCAUGGAUCUGUUCCCGUACUACCGUGAGAACCAGCAACGCUGGCAGAACUCCAUCCGCCACUCUCUGUCCUUCAACGACUGCUUCGUCAAAGUGGCGCGUUCGCCUGACAAGCCUGGCAAGGGCUCCUACUGGGCAUUGCAUCCCAAUUCCGGGAACAUGUUCGAGAACGGCUGCUACCUGCGUCGCCAGAAGCGCUUCAAGAUUGAGGAAAAAUCCGGUAAAAAGAGCUCGACAAAGUCCCAGGAGGGUGGCAGUGCCGCCAAGGGCGGCCACAGUGGCGAGGGGAUGCAGGAGGAGCACAGUCCCGCCACCGGCUCCGAAGGUGCCGACUCUGCCCAUUCCGACAGCUCCCAUGCCGGAUCAGCCUCGGAGGAGCAGCAGAGGAGCCUGGUGCAGCUGGACUGCCCUUCUCAAGCGCCCAACCUUUCACACAGCUCGCCGGUGCCAAUCCCGUCUUCGGUGUCCUCCUCCAUGCCCCCGUCCAGCUCGCACCUGCACUCUCAGGGCAUGGGCGGCAGCCCUCACCUGUUGGCCAGCCCGAUGCAGCACCUGGACCUGCAGAACGACCCUCUGAAGUCCAUGGACCCACACUACAAUUUCAACCAUCCGUUCUCCAUCACCAAUCUCAUGUCCAACGAGCAGAAGAUGGACCUCAAGUCAUACCAGGACCAGGUGAUGGCUUACAACAGCUACACCACAUCUUCUCCCAUGGCUGCCAAACAGAUCUAUGACACUGCUGGUCCGUCCGCCAUUGACUCUGGUGCGUAUUACCAGACCCUCUACAGCAGGUCUGUCCUCAAUGCAUCCUAAUGUGCUUACCAGCCAUUUGAACUCUACAGACUCUUAAUGGCAGGACAUCUUCAUCUCAGAGCUUGCUUUGCCAUCAGUACGUUUCCUGCACUCUUAAAAAUAAAGGGGGUGAUUCCAUUUAAGAAAUGUUGGGGGUAACGCAUUACAAGUAACUUGAUUUACGUACGUAAUCAGAUUACUUUUUUCAAGUAACUAGUAAAGUAACGCAUUACUUAGGUAACUAAGUAACGCAAUUAGUUAUUUUUUUAGUAA